AUGGCGAUCCCGGCCAACAUCAUCUACUUCACGGGAUACGAGUGGCUGCGGUUCAACCGAGCAGGCAGCCCGAUCGCGCGGGCGGUGCCGGACGACUACGCACCGCUGGUAGCAGGCUCGGCCGCGCGCAUACUCGCCGCCACCGUGGUGUCGCCCAUCGAGCUGUUCCGCACCCGUCUGCAGGCCGUGCCCGAGCGCGCCGCGACCAACCCGCUCACCUCCACCUUCCGCGGCAUCCAGGACAUGGUCGCCGCCCACGGCUACCGCUCCCUCUGGCGCGGCCUCUCCCUCACCCUGUGGCGCGACACCCGCACCCAAGUCUUCCGGGACACCACCACCUCCACCUCAACCACCACCACCGCAUCCGCCACCGCCUCCGCAGCCGCCCCCGAAGAGCGCAACAUGGCGCGCCUGCUGUGGCACAUCUUCCGCACCGAAGGCCUGCCGGGGCUGUUCCGCGGCGGGGUGCCGCGCACGUUGCGGGUCGCGCCCGCCUGCGCCAUCAUGAUCAGCAGCUACGAGGUGGGCAAGCGCGUGUUUCGCGGGGUGAAUGAGCGGGCGUUGGCGGAGCGGAGGGGGCUUGUGCAGGGAGGGGGUGGGGGUGCGACGGCGGUGGGGGGGCAUGAGUGA